AUGGCAAAUUCAAACAGUCUAGACCGCGCUAUCGAGAUAGUCCAGAAAGCUAUCGACGAAGAUGUCAAACAGAAUUACGAUAGUGCAUACAAACAAUACAUGAAUUCGUUGGAUUAUUUCAUGCUUGCGUUGAAGUAUGAGAAGAACGAGAAAUCAAAACUACUGAUCCGGACAAAGAUCAAUGAAUAUCUCUCUCGUGCGGAAACUUUAAAGGAACACAUGAAUGCACAAAGCGAGAAGCGAGGUAAGAGUGCGGUAGGGGCCAAUGGUAGCAGCACGGGUAUAGGUCCAAACGGCAGACAAAAAGAAGACGGAGAUGAUCCUGAAAUGAAGAAGUUGCGCGACAGCUUGGCUGGUGCGAUUAUUUCUGAGAAGCCGAACGUUAAGUGGGACGAUGUUGCUGGACUCGAGGGCGCAAAGGCUUCGUUAAAGGAAGCCGUUAUCCUGCCACUCAAAUUCCCACAUCUAUUCACUGGAAAGCGUACACCAUGGAGAGGUAUACUACUGUAUGGUCCACCAGGAACUGGAAAAUCAUACUUGGCGAAGGCUGUAGCAACCGAAGCGAAAAGCACCUUUUACAGUAUCAGUUCCAGUGAUCUUGUCAGCAAGUGGCAAGGAGAAUCAGAACGGCUUGUCAAGCAACUAUUCCAACUUGCACGAGAGUCAAAACCAUCCAUUAUUUUCAUAGACGAGAUAGACGCGCUUACAGGGACCCGGAAUGAAUCUGAAUCUGAAGGAUCCAGGCGAAUCAAAACCGAGUUCCUUGUCCAAAUGAACGGUGUGGGACAUGACGACACAGGCGUUCUUGUCCUCGGUGCAACCAAUAUACCAUGGCAGUUGGACAAUGCUAUCAAACGACGGUUUGAGAAGAGGAUAUACAUCCCUCUCCCUGGCCCGGACGCUCGGCGGCGUAUGUUUGAACUACAUGUUGGUUCCACACCCUGUCAUCUUGGCCCAAAAGACUACCGCACACUCGCAGACCAUACAGAAGGGUACUCUGGUUCAGAUAUCGCCAUCGUCGUUCGAGAUGCACUCAUGCAGCCUGUCCGCAAACUAUUGUCUGCUACACAUUUCAAGAAAAUACCCGACCCCGCUGAUUCUAGUGUGUUAAAGUGGACGCCCUGUUCACCGGGUGACCCCGACGCAGAAGAGAAAUCGUGGGAGACUAUUGAGUCAGAUGAGCUCAUCGAACCACCCUUGAAGUUGGCCGACUUUAUGAAGUCACUGGAGACGAACAAAUCUACAUGCACAGCAGCCGACAUCAAGAAACAUGAUGAUUGGACUCGAGAAUCAGGUAAUGAUGGGGCGUGA